GAUUGCACUAAAAGUUGGAAUCAGUCUUCACAUUAUCUAGAGGAGUAAACGUCACAAUGAAGGUCAUUCUGGUACUCGCUGUUGUUGUUGUUGCAGCUUAUGCUGAGUCUUGUACCAGGCCUGGAGACUGCACAGCUACAAACUGCGGGGGCGGAUCUGAACUCCACUGUGUGGACGGUACCUGUACCUGUACAACCGCUGCCUCUGGUGACGGAGCUUGCACCUCGGUCGACGACUGUCACGGACGAUGUGACCAUGGACGUCGGCACCAUUGUAUCGACGGCCGAUGCAGAUGUACUCACUUCUAGAUUUCUUUUUGUAAUAAAAUGCUUUGUAAAUAGCCAA